UACAAGUUCAUUGACAAUGAAAUCAUCGCCAUCAAAAGCUCCUAAGGCCAGUUUGAACAACAUCCUCAUUACACACUCUCCUGUGCCACAGGAGGAGCAUUCGAUGUCCUAAAGAUUCAACUUUCCACCAAUGAAGACGCUUCUGAAUUCAACCUCGGAGCUUCAUCCUCUCACGGCGACGACGUCUUUGCACGUGGAAAUCGACCGUUGCAAGCUUAUCCCCUUCUCUUGUUCAUCCCUUCGCGCCUCCCCAUGUCGCUCACUCCCUUCAAAACCCCUCAUUCUUUCUCGGGCCACCUCUAAUUUCGGCCAAAUGGGUCUGUUCCUGGACGGCUCGAAAGCUAAAGGCACCUUUUGGUUUCGCCGUAAAGGCGUCGUCUCGCCCCAUCAACGAUUCAUUAUUGCUGUAGCUCAAGCCCAGCCGGAUAGACUUGACGAUGAUAAUGCCGAACAGGAAGUUGAUAAAGGCCAAACAACAUCGAUGAGUAUGGAUACGGCUUCAGAGAGCCAACAGAAAUCAAGUCAAUUAAAAAAGAGAAUUGUUUUUGGACUUGGAAUAGGACUUAGUGUUGGGGCUGUAGUCUUGGCUGGAGGAUGGCUUUUCACUGUGGCUUUUGCUGCUGCCAUCUUUGUUGGUUCUCGAGAGUAUUUUGAAUUGGUUAGAAGUCGUGGAAUGACUUCAGGAAUGACUCCUCCUCCACGAUAUGUUUCGCGAACCUGCUCUGUCAUUUGUGCUUUCAUGCCUAUUCUCACCUUGUAUUUUGGCCAUAUUGAUGUUUCUGUGACAUUAGCUGCCUUUGUUGUAGCUAUGGCACUACUUUUACAGAGAGGAAAUCCUCGUUUUUCACAGCUCAGUAGUACCAUGUUUGGGCUAUUUUAUUGUGGAUAUCUUCCUUGUUUCUGGGUCAAGCUUCGAUGCGGCCUGGCAGCGCCAGCCCUAAACACUACAAUCGGAGCGUCAUGGCCUAUUCUUCUUGGUGGGCCAACUCACUGGACAAUUGGUCUUGUUGCAACCUUAAUCUCUAUCAGUAGCAUCAUUGCAGCUGACACGUAUGCAUUUGUGGGUGGCAAGGCAUUUGGUAGGACACCACUAAUUAGUGUUAGUCCAAAGAAGACAUGGGAGGGAACAAUUGCAGGCUUGGGUGGUUGUAUAGCCACUUCUGUUGUUUUAUCAAAAAUUCUUUGCUGGCCUAAAUCCAUGCUGAGUGCAAUAGCGUUUGGGUUUCUCAAUUUCAUCGGGUCUGUUUUUGGUGAUCUUACUGAAUCAAUGAUAAAACGUGAUGCGGGUGUAAAAGACUCUGGAUCUCUUAUACCUGGACAUGGAGGAAUACUAGAUAGGGUAGACAGUUAUCUUUUUACUGGUGCACUUGCUUACUCUUUUGUCAAAAUCUUUCUGCCACUUUAUGGAGUUUGAUUCAAAUAACAAUCACCAAGAAUCAAAGUUUCAUCAGAAGAAUUUUUUGGGGUUUUCUCAUUUCGAUGGCUGCAGCAGACAGAACAAUUAGUCAAAUAAACUAGAAGCUUGGAUGAAAUAUCUCUCCCUCUAAAAAAUAAAUAUAUAUGCACCAGCAAUUGGCAUAAAUCAAUCUCAUCCUAGAAAAGCAUUUUCUUAUAUCCUUUCUUGCCUGAGGGGGAAUUUGGUGACAAGGUUUUCAACUCCACCUGACAGAAUGUCGAAGAGAUCUCUUUAUGGACCGGGAGGAGAAUGCUCGCUUAUAGCAAAGAUUAACCAGAGCCAGAGGUCAGUUUGUUGAUAUAUACAGUAGCCAAUAAUAACUGAAAAGGCUAGUCUAGUCUACAUUUUCAUUAUCUCUUUUCUCGUUGGAAUUCUUCAAUAAAAUCUUCUUUGUUUGUUA